AUGGUCACGUCCCUCAACUUCUUCGGAACGGGCGCGUGGGCCGGGGCCCCAGAGGGCCCCGACGACCAGCCUGGCGCCAGUGCCGGCCAUUUGUCCAGCACCCAAAGACAUUCCGUCCAGCACUUGUGGGAAGCUGCAGUGGAUUUCUUGUCCCGCGAAAGCCCCUUGCCGUCCAUAACGGCCAUCGAGCAUGACCUCUUCGCCCGCCGGACGGACUACGCGGGAGAAGCCGUGGCGGUCCGGAGGGAGCUCGUCGCCGAAAAAGUUUUCCCUGCUUGGCCGGAGCGCGGCGAGGCUGCAUCUGUCCCCGUGGUGUCGUUCCUCGAUGGAGAGCUGCUGGACGACGCGUCCGACACAGAAUGGUACAAGAUUGUCAAAGAAGGGGCUGCCCGAGGCAUCUUCGCAGAAGUCCCGGACGAGCUCGUUUUCCGAGAUUCCGCAGGCCGGCCAGUCGUCAACGGCGCAAUGGGGAUUGACAAGCACCCCAAAGGGCCAGUUCCUGGCCCCACCCUCUUGCGUUUCAUAUCGAUCUUCACGCCGAUUAACUCCUACAUGCGCAAGCUGCGGGGGGGCGACCACACCCUGCCCACGGCCACCAUGCUCAAUGCGUGCAUUCUCGAAGACGGCGAGGAGCUCUGGGACGAUGCCGAGGACCAAAAAGGAUGCUUCAAUAUCUUCCGCCUCCCGGACGAAUGGCUAGGAUAUUGUACGUACUCUAAGCAAGUAUCUGCCGCGGCUUUCGGUGACGACCCCAACCGCAUGGCUUGGGUCGGUAUUCGUAGUGUAGCCAUGGGUUCAAAGAUUGCGGUUUCCAUCAUGCAACGAGUCAUCCGCACGCUCGUCUUCGACAUCGUUGGCGCCGACCCCCGCACUGAACUACGGCGGGACAGAGCGUUCCCAGACGGUGACGUCAGCAUCGUGUGCCUCGACGGAUUCGACUUUGUUCGGAAAGCGCAAUCUCGCCUGUGCAAGUUGCAAAUCGUGGAGUCCAUGGAGCAUCAGCAUUUCGUCGCUGCGUGCGCCAAACACGGAAUCCCCCUGAACCCGGCCAAAUCCCUAGUGGCGCAGUUGCGCGCAGGCAUCCUGGGGGGCCUGCUUCUGGGAGACAAGGGGUGGUUGAAGUUGGCGCCAGAGAAGGCCAACGCCCUGGUGGUCAAAACCGCGGUGCUGGCAACGGAGCAGCAAUGGCAGGCCGGCGCCCUCCAGCAUUGGGCGGGUCAGGCAUGUUUCGCCGCUGGCUUCCGCCGGCCCCUCUUCGCUGUCCUCGAGCAAAUCUUCCCCGCUAUCCAGACCGCCCUGGACGCGCCUGCGCCAGCAGACGCAGCGGUAAUAGACGAAAUGAUCGCCUUCGCUUGUCUGCUCCCUCUCGCGUACACGAAUCUCCGGGCGCCUGUUAAGCGCACCAUUUCGUGCACAGACGCCUCCGAGGACGGCGGCGGGGCCGCGGAAGCAGCUCAAUUCACACACGCUGUGGACCCACAACGGGGAGCGCGCCUGGAGGCACAUUUUGCCAAACUGGCUGAGGACUCGGCCUUCGCCCCGGCGCGGCCGCAGACGUGCGCAGCGUGUGCGGUCCAGGUCCGCCCCGACGCGCGCGGGGCAGGCGGGGCCGUCUGCCCCGCCCAGUGCGGUGCCGCGACGCGCUGCGUGGACUGCCUGCUGCAGCAUCGGC